ACUUUCAAUCAUAAUUAUCUCAACUUCUUUUACUGAAAAAUUUAAAUAUUAAACAUUUCGAAUUUUGUAUGUUUCACCGAAGACGCUUGUAACACUGAGACACAUAAUGAGGGUAUCGCAGAUUAUUUCCAUUUUCACAUCGCUUCAAUGUCUGUUGACACUAGCAGCUCAAAACAACGAAAAUGAAACACAGCAGACCUCAAUCGUAGUUCGUACAAAUAUGGAGAAAACCCGCUUGAAGGAUUUGGGAUAUCUGAUUGCAACUGAUAUAGAGGACUUUUACUCACUUGUUGAACGGCCAGUGUUCGCAGAUAAAACCCUCCUCGUAGAGCAAAUAUUCUCUUCCGAUUCCGCUUCUAAUAUAUUGAUUACUUACCCCAAGAAGUGGGGUAAGUCAGUGAACCUGGCUAUGAUAAGAAGCUUUGCUCGGACGGAUUUUUUUCGAAAUGGAACUGAAUUUAAUCUUAACGAAACAUCCGCGUACUUACUUUUCAAGAAGGGCGCAUAUGAGGAUGCAAAAGGAAAUAUCCACAGCUUGAACUUGGGUGAUGACUUAUUUUUGAUUUCGCAUAAACAAAAAAUCAUGGAUGAACAUCUGGGUAGAUAUUUUGUCAUCCAUUUGAGUUUAAUGAUACCAUGUUACUUCAAUGGAGAACUCGAUUACGACAAAUUUAUGAUGAGAUUCAAAGAUCAAAUAACCAAAAUCUACGCAAUCUAUUCGUUUGUUUGGGCUAAACUGGAACAAAAAAUAGUAGAUAAUCCCUUUGGUCUAGAAGAGAAAUAUUAUAUUGAACGAUUUAACGCAGUUCGUCAUGAGACAGGCACCGUUAAUUGGUCGAUGGCUGUGAAAGACUUGUGUGAUGCUUUCCAAUUUUGUUAUCCAAAACAUAAGAUCCUUAUUACCAUAGAUGAUUACGAUUAUAUUUGUAAUAAAAUUAAUUUCCAGUCAAAAGCUGAUUACGAGUAUAAAAGUGCUGCUGUCAAAUCCUUCGAAAAAUUCAUACACGAUUUUAUGCUUUCCACUUUUGGCCACGAAGCACAAAACAAAGUCAAGCCAAAAUGUAUCAUUACUGGAAUAAGCAGAUUAGCAAAGACAAAUAUUUUUCCAGCAACGUGCAACUUCGAGCACUGGUCAAUGAAUGAUGAGAAAACCGGCCAACCUUUCUAUGGGUUUACUGCAGCAGAAGUUCAAGAUUUAUUGUCUUUGCGUGGAUUUGAUAGCAACAAGUAUGAAGAUUUAGUAUCGAGAUAUGAUGGGUAUCGCAGUCGUAAGAGCCUUAGCGAACCAAUUUUCAACCCAAGAUCCAUUGUAGAAUUUCUGAAUUAUAAGGAGCUUUCUGAUUACUGGCUACAGUCAGGCAGGCAGUUGAUAGAACAAUUCCCAUUAAUUUUCGAGCACUUUCAAUUCCGAUAUUUAGUAAAACUUCUGACCAUGGAAAAUGUCAUCAAGAUUCCAAACAAUGCCAUGGAUCCUACGACCGAACAAUUAGACGAUUUUGCAGAAAUAUUACGAAAAAGAUGCCGUACAUGUGUCCUACGAGUAAACGAGGCACAAUGUGCUUUGGGCAUACUGGUAGCAACCGGAUAUCUCGGUCUGAGCGAAACCCAGCCAGAAAAUGAAAAUUAUACUAACAUCCGAAUUCCAAAUACCGAAGUGCGAAGUUAUUUUAAAACUCAAUCGUCAUACUAUGACUCCGAUUAUGUUGCUUCAUAUUACGAAUCCCUUCGCAGUGCUGCUAUUAUUUUUAGGCUGUUUCUUAAUGACUUAGCGACACCAAAUGAACUUGAAACAUCCAUCCGUGAUAUAUUCAAAGUAAAGGGGCCUUAUGGUAAUUUUGUCCAUACCAUAGAGAAGUUCCAAGAAAAUUCACCUACCUUCAUUUCGGACAUCGGAUUUAUGCACCAAAAUGAAGCAGGUGCGCACUUCACAAUGAUAGAAGUGUUUUCUUUGAUACAGAGAGGGAGAGAUAUCACUUUGGGGUUGGGCUCAGAAGUGGGUUUCGCAUACAAUUCGGAUAAUGAACAACAUUUUUCAUAUCGAAUGGAUCUAGCGUGCUUUAACGAUGACUCAAUCAUGAUAAUUGGAGUGAAGACUGACAAUGAGAAAACAAUAGACAACGUUUUGCAGCAGGCAGAAGAUUAUCUUUUGGUAUUCAAGAACAGGUCUGAAUGCAGAGUAUUUAAAAAUUAUAAACUCGUAGCAAUAAAUGUGAGAGAACAUGACGACGUUGAAGUGAAAUUCAAAACACUGAGUCACACCGAAGUACUUGAAUAUCAUACUAAAUGGACCAGUCUUGCGGAAAAAGCGAUUAAAAUUUUCGCAGAACGUCGAACAAUAGACUAUGAAACAGCAUCGCUUCAAUGGAGGAAUCUUGCGGCUAUGGAAGCUAAACACUUACUUGGCCUUGCAAGAGAGGAGCUAAUGGCCAAUUCAACCACGUCACUAAUCCCACCAGAAAUUUUGAGAAAUCUACCGGAAGAAUUAAGAUGUCCUGUAGAAGACUGGAAUGAAGAAGACGUGUCGAAGUUUCUGGAAUUUUUUGAUAAGACUGUUAAUCUGGAACCACCUAGUGCUGGCACCGUUUUGAGUCAAUUUAAUGGAAAGCAAUUGAUUGAAUGUCCAGAAAAACUACUGCUACUGAUACUACAUUCACCUUCAGGAACGAGUGAAAUCCUGUACAAAUCUGUGCAAGCGGUAAAAAAUCAAUAUUCAACUACCACGUCAACGUCCUAAGUAUAAUCUGCAGUCAGGAUUUAUUUCUGCUUUUUGUUUUGUUUUAAUGUAGUUUCUCCUGUAUUUGUUUAUUAAUAAAUAAUAUCAGAUCUGUGAUUAAAAGGUUUGAAUUGAAAAAUGAAUACCUACGUACUUAUUUUAAUACCUUGCCCAUAAUUCGUGCAAAUUUUCAACUUUUUAAUCUCCCUCGUGAAGCCUCUUGUUGGUUAAAUUGUAGAAAUAUGUAUCAAAUUUGUACUUAUUGGGAGGUUCAAAAACAUAUGACUACAUAUCCUACUACGUGACUCUUAACCAACCUCUUGAGGUGUCACACUCCGGUUUGAAUGGGACCGCGAUUUUUGGAAAGGGCGUAGUCUAAAACCCCCAAAACCAAAUUUUCAGCUGCCCAAGUUCAUUUUUUGAUUUUUGGCGAAUUUUUGAAAAUUCAAAAUUGACUGUUUUUGGCGAUUU